CCGGCGCUGGCCCCGCCCAGCCCCGCGCGGUAAGAUGGCGGCGGCGGCGGCCGAGCCCGAGUGCGAUGUGGUCAUGGCGGCGCCCGACGGGCCCGGCGAGGCCGACAGCGACGAGGAGACGCGCAGAGAAGCAGAAGCAUUCAAGGAGCAAGGAAACGCGUACUAUGCCAAGAAGGAUUACAACGAAGCGUACAACUACUACACGAAAGCCAUAGAUACCUGUCCCAAUAAUGCCAGUUAUUAUGGGAACAGAGCUGCCACGCUCAUGAUGCUGGGGAGGUUCCGAGAAGCACUGGAGGAUGCUCAGCAGUCGGUCAGGUUGGACGACAGCUUUGUGCGGGGCCAUCUGCGGGAAGGGAAGUGCCACCUUUCCCUAGGGAAUGCCAUGGCUGCCAGUCGCUGCUUUCAACGAGUUUUAGAACUGGAUCAUAAGAAUACCCAGGCACAGCAGGAGCUGAAGAACGCCACGACUGUGCUUGAGUAUGAAAAAAUAGCUGAAGUGGAUUUUGAGAAACGGGAUUUCAGGAAGGUUGUGUUUUGCAUGGAUCGUGCUCUGGAGUUUGCUCCCGCAUGUCACCGGUUCAAAAUCCUCAAGGCCGAGUGUUUGGCGCUGCUGGGCCGGUACCCCGAGGCUCAGUCUGUGGCCAGUGAUAUCCUGCGGAUGGACUCGACGAACGCCGACGCGCUGUACGUGCGCGGGCUGUGCCUGUACUACGAGGACUGCAUCGAGAAGGCCGUGCAGUUCUUCGUGCAGGCCCUCAGGAUGGCCCCGGACCACGAGAAGGCCUGUCUUGCCUGCAGGAAUGCCAAAGCACUUAAAGCGAAGAAGGAAGAUGGGAAUAAAGCAUUCAAGAAAGGCAACUACAAACUAGCAUAUGAACUGUACACAGAGGCACUAGGAAUAGACCCAAAUAAUAUCAAAACAAAUGCCAAACUCUACUGUAACAGGGGGACGGUUAAUUCAAAGCUUAGGAAACUUGAAGAAGCAAUCGACGACUGCACGAACGCGGUGAAGCUGGACGACACGUACAUCAAGGCGUACCUGAGGAGGGCACAGUGUUACAUGGACACAGAACAAUAUGAAGAUGCUGUAAGAGACUAUGAGAAGGUUUAUCAGACAGAGAAAACAAAAGAACACAAACAGCUCCUAAAGAACGCACAGGUGGAACUGAAAAAGAGCAAACGGAAAGACUACUACAAAAUCCUGGGGGUGGACAAAAAUGCCUCUGAAGAUGAGAUCAAGAAGGCUUACAGGAAACGAGCACUAAUGCACCAUCCAGAUCGACACAGUGGGGCAAGUGCAGAAGUACAGAAAGAAGAGGAGAAGAAAUUUAAGGAGGUUGGUGAAGCCUUUACAAUCCUGUCAGAUCCCAAGAAGAAGGCCCGCUACGACAGCGGGCAGGAUCUGGAAGAGGAUGGAUUGAACAUGGGAGACUUUGAUGCAAAUAACAUCUUCAAGGCCUUCUUCAGCGGGCCGGGAGGCUUCAGCUUCGAAGCUUCUGGUCCUGGAAAUUUCUUUUUCCAGUUUGGCUAAGAAGCAAACAAACACAAAUAAAACCACACAUACCUGAUCUGCUUCUUUUAACCUCGAAUACGGACAGCCCCAGACUCCUCCUCCAUCACGUCUCGUUGUCCUUAGAGCAGUUUCAUUUCUGGGUUGGAGCCUCUGUUUGUGUGUUGUGUGCGUGAAGAGGAAACCAGCUCGGGAGGGGAAGGCUUGUGAAUUUUGUUUUACUGUUAACUUUAUUAAAAAAAAAAAAAUAAAAAUAAAGCUUUGAAUCUUUUGGUCCCUCCAUGCUGGCCCAUGCUUUCAGCUGCUCCUGCCCCUCAGCACAGAGGAUUUCCUGGAAUUUUCCCAGAAUCUCCAUGUGUGAGAGGGUGAAGGAAUCUCCUGGAUUAUUUUGGUUGGCUCUGAAGCAGCAUGUCCAGGGUUUUGAGUAACUUGUAAGUUAUCUUAAUUUUUUGGAAAUAUUGCCAACACUCAAUCCAGUUUUAUACAAUCCUGUUUCACCUGCCAGCUGGAUUUUUGGCUCUUUUAUUUCUUUUUUUCCCAUGGUUCUCCCAAGGUCCACUCGGGCAUUAACUUCAGUGAUAAUGUGUGAGCUUACAAUUCUGUAUCAGAGAAAUGCUGCUUUGAGUUUAAAGAGCAGCUUAUGUGAGAAUUCCCUGUGAUGCAGCUGGAAUUAAGGGCUUUGUGUUCCCAGGAUUGUCCUGUUUAAGGGAAUAUUGAAUUUGCUCUGGGCUGAAUUCCUUCACUGUACUUUUUUUAAUUAAUCCACUUGAAUAUUUCA